UAUCGUAUCCUAUCAAUAUUGUUAAAGAGGAAAACGGACGCGAUUCACCAGCGGAAUUCUCAGAGCCAGUCGAUGGUGGCACUGAAUUAUUCUUAAAAUUACGAAUAUCGUCUACAAUGUCUGAUGUUAAAUUACCAGUAUACUCAAAAGACACUGUAGGACAGUGCAAAAAGAAAUUACAGGCUGUGGAAAACAUCGAUGCCUGCUGCCAGCGUUGGUUCUACAGCGGCAAAUUACUCGGCGAUAAAGUGCCCAUAGACGAGUGCAACAUACAGAAUGGUUAUGUGGUGCAAGUGAUCGUCAAUACGGAGCAUUAUAAUCACGAUAACGGUACAAUCAUACCAGUUGCAAGCUAGCCUAGUGUCUAUGUCUAUACCAGCGCAAAACAAAUAAAAUUAGCAACGAGAACCGCAGCAGCAACAGCAACACGAUUAUUGGUAGUAGCAACAACAACAACAACGCCAACAUCAGCAAUAACCAUAACAAAAGUGUGCAUUGAUGCUGUCACACUAUUUGCAUACGUCAUAGUUAAAAUAUUUAUCAACACUUUAAUUAUGAAUGAGAUAACAAAAAAAAAAAAUCUCUCACAGCAGACAAACAGAGUGUUAUGUAAAUUUUAAAUUAUACACUUGAAGUGUGCAUUAGUGCAAGCGCUCUGUUGUGUAGGUGCACAUUGUUGUUGUACAGCGAAAUAACGCUGAUCGUAUGAUGGUUUGAAAGCAUUCAUUGUUUGUGUUUUUUUUUGGAGUAAUUUCAACGUUUGCAUCAAAUUUUGCUACACUUUUUAUGAUACAUAACAGCGUGAAGGCUUAUUGUUGUUGCGAAAAUCGUAGAAAAAUCGUUUGGAAACUGUGCGUCUGCGGCUGUCCGCUGGCAUGCAUUUGUUGGUUGGUUAAUUGUUGGUUGUUGUUGCUGACCGACUACUGUUGUUGCUGCCAAGCGCUUACAAGCAACCGACUGUGCAGCAGAUAUUACAUAUGUACAUACACAAACGCAUAUAUACACAUAUUAAAUAAAUGUAUACACACAUAUACAUACUAAAUAUUUAGAAUGAAUGGUUGAUUGACUGAUGAAAGUAAUGAGAAUAUGCAAAAUUUGUAUUUAAAAUGAAGAAAAAAGCGUUUCCUUGAAAUAGAAGAAAAGAUUUGAAAUUUUUAUGCGAAAAAAACUAAAGUUUUGUUAUUUAAUGUAUCAAAAUCUACUGAAAUUAGUAAUUCCUAUUACAAGUUGUAUGUACAGGAUAACUAGUAUAAUAUUUAGCAUUUUCCACAACUAAUUUUUUGUAUUUUUUAGGUAGUAAUUAAAGUGUGAAACACAAAAAUGUAAAUUGUUCUAAGUAAAAGCAGAUGUGCUGAAAGAAAAAAGAAGUGAAUUAAGAAACAACUGAAAAGGAAAAGAAAACUGAA